AUGAAGGUUAUCUUUCGGCGGAGUCUAUUCGUGCUACUAUUUUUCCAAGUCCCACUGUGGCUAGUAGCACCGUUUUUUUCUGCCUCCGUCGGAGGCUCACUUACUGGUGUCGGAAGUAUAGUUACUUGUCUGGAUUCUGGGAGGCCAGGAAGCAUUCCUUGCUCAAAAAAAUGGGUGCUUACCCUAGCUGUAGAAAACGGAGCCACGGCAGCCUCGUCCUCCGUAAGUGCGACCCAGGCCGUGUACGGCAGCAGUUCAGCGAACGCAACGGUACGAUCGGCGGAUAAUCCUAACACAGUGUACGCUUUCAAGUAUCAGGUGCAUAUCACACUGACAAAGUCUAGGAUACGGCUGGACUACCCUCUUUACUAUCAAAGCGAUUUUAACAACAAACCCUAUGAAAUCGUUUACAAGUACAACCAGAAGGGUCCGUUGAACUGGCUGGAUAACCAGUGCGUCGCAACCUGGGGCAGCAGUGACCCAACAUGCGGUUACGCUUACAAUCCCAGCUGGUCAACGAAACCAGCAGACCGGAUACUCUACUCCCAAGGCUUCUGCUGUGAUUGCAAUGCUGGGGAUUUACUGGGGCUGUCGCCAAACAGAAUUCGUGGCGGACUGGAUUGCAGUCUGCUCAACUUUGAUAACCCCACUGAGUCAGCACACUGUUUGCGAUUUGAUAGUUUGUGGUAUUCUGCUUUCCAAAUUGGCGAACCCGACGUCAAUUUUGUAAUUCUUGUGAACGUUACCAAAUGCCCCCUCGCCAACAGUACUAUCAAAUCAAUUUCUGGGCUCGUUGGAAAUCAGGAUCAAGCUAUUCAAAACUGCUCGACCGAGAUCAUUUCACUCUCACCGAGUUCUCCUAUUGGUUAUGCCUCGAACGGGAAAAUAAGCGCUCAAGCGAUUGGUGACUUUGCUCCGUGGGAGGGAACUCCAUCAUACUCAGAGAAACUCUUCUUCGUUCCUUCAGUCUGCACCGACACCUCUGAGGCUUGGUGUGUGGAUCGAAUUUCCUAUAUUCCCACCGAGAUAAACCGGUGGAUGCUCAUCGAUAACGAUCUAGUUACGAUCACUGGAGACACUUGCGAUAAGAUUGGUGUUAGUUACAGUGCAUUCACAAAUGAGGGGCAGCGAUGCGAGCGACCAACGCAAUCAUGUCUCCACGAUCAACUUCAGGAUUACUAUGACUCGGAUCUUGCUCUUGAGCAAACCGGAAAGGUUGGCAGUUAUUUUGUCCAGUUUUUUGGUGAUUUUGACGUCAGUGGAUUGACACCACGGAAUCCACUGUUACGGUUUUUCACAAACCGGACUCAAGCAACUGAGGUUGUGCUACAGUUCGCGGCUGAGGAGUUGUUUUACACUAUUUAUUUGGCACCCGCUCGAUUUCUACGUCAUCUAUCGAAGAUUAAUCCGUUCACUUCACAAUCGAAAGGAGGUUUAAUUGAUCUUUGGAUAGUUUCUGAAGGAACUGGACAGAAUGCGGCUCAGUUUACAGUCAGUGCAUCCUGUGAACCUAACGUUGAACCUAUUCAGGCUCAGAUCGUGACGCUAGCGCCGGGUCAACUUGUUUCAAUUUCAUUGCCUAUUAUAGAAACCAAGGCGACCGGUGGAGCAGGUGUGUGCAACUGCACAUUGCGGAACGCCCUGGGUCAAGUUCUGGACGUCCUCGUUCUCGAAUUUAACGCUAGUAGUGUGCGGACUACGGAUGGCGCGCAAGGGGGCAGCGCAUCGACGACAUCUGGAAACCUAACGCAUACCGGAAGUUCACCGUACCCAUCAGGCGGUUGCGGUAGUUGCGGCGGGCUCCUGGAUAUUGGGUGCAUCUUCGCCAAUGUGUGCAUCCUGAACAUUUUGUUUUUUAUUGGCCUGUUGUUCCUCAUUCUUUUGCUAUUGUGCUGCUGCCGAACUUGCAUUUGGAGAUGCUGCUGCGGCUGCUGUGGCCUGCUGGGGAAGGGUUUCUCCCUCCCGCCGGGCCUCCGCGCGAGGACGCAGCGGCGUGGAUACUUCACGAGCGUCACCGCUUUGCCGGGACAGACACUGCCUGCCCUACCCAAAGCGGCGCUAGUGCGUUCCGUGUCCCUGGAGGGCCCCAGUAUGCUACAGACGGUCGCGUGCUCUAAAGCAAGAUAG